UUCUGGAAUUUCAAUAAAUUCUUUGAUCACCGAAUCUAAGGUAUCUAUGCUUAAAUCUACAGAUGGUCAAUGGUCCUACUCGGUCCGGUCUAAGCCGGUCCCGGUCUUUGUAGAACGAACCGUGGUCUCUGGCGCAGUUCUUUCGGUAGCCGAUAACGAACUUCAUUCUUUCGGCUCUUUCGAUUUGGCGAUUACGGAUAAAUCAUCCUGGUUUGUGGUUAUGGUCUCGGCUAUUCUGGUUCUUGUUUCUCAUGCGAUUAGGCAACUUUGCUUCAACUGCGGUCUUAAAAAGACCGCCGGACUUAAUCGUCAUCGUCAUGGUAGUAACCUCUCAGUUUUCCAAGAUUCUUCAGGUUGUAAAUUUGCAUCGAUUUUCUAUUCUUCGGUUUUAUCAAUCGACUAG